CUGUUUAUGAAGUGUCAAAUGACCCGCAAACAGCGGUAAAGCACCGUUAACCAGUAAACUUCACCACUCACACCAGUAUAACCGACAACCAGCACUGAUGAUGAGGGAUUAACCAGCAGGUGUGUGACAGAUGGAGACGGUCUUUCAGACGCUGUGCUGAGUGUUUAUGAUGAUGAUGAUGGUGGUGGUGUGUGUGCUGGACGGUGGUGCUCAGCGUUUAUGGCACAGACCGGGUCGGGUCUCCAUCGUCCUCUCCACGGCCCCACUGCGGAGCCCCUUCUGCAGACCGGCACUCAGGAACACACUAAGCUGGAGGCCCGGAUGCAGCCGGAGGUCAGGGUUCUGCAGGUUUGGGUCACACACUAACAUCUCCUUCUUCAGCACAUCAGCACGGCAGGAGUCGGCAGACCUCAGAUAUGGCACGUCUCGUCUGCGCAGCGCUCUGGACUCACUCUGGAGAGCAGUGAACAGAACACGAGCUGAGAUUCAGGCCAGAAGCAAAACUAAAGAGACCUCAGCUCCGCCUACUUCUCUAUCACAGGCUCCGCCUUCCAGCAGUGUUGCCAUGGUAAUCAAGAAUCAAGAACAAAGAGGGGCUGAAAUAGCUCCUCCCAUACUACCUCAAACCCUGCCUUCUGGUAUUGUUCCCACAGCAAUGAAGAUUCAAGAGCAGAGAGUGACUGAAAUAGCUCCGCCCACAUUACCUCAAGCCCCGCCUUCUGACUUUUUUGCCACAGCUAAGAUUCAAAAACCGAGAGUGACUGAAGUAGCUCCGCCCACAUUACCUCAAACUCCGCCCUCUGAUCUUUUUACCACUACUAAAGCUCAAGAACAGAAAGUGACUGAAAUAGCUCUGCCCACAUCACCUCAAGCUCCGCCCUCUACGCCAACUAAGAUCAAAGAACAAACAGAGCACAAAGUGACUGAACCAACCCUGCCCACUACACCUCAGACUCCACCCACCGUACAGGCCACUCCCCUUUUCCACCCAGGCUCCCUCAGUGUGCGUCUGGGCGAGUCGUAUGAUUUCCUGUCUCAGCACAUCAACUCUUACUUCAGCAGCUUUAAUAAACCCGAUCGCUCCUUUUCUCUGGGGGAUUACCUGAACUAUUCUGCGUUUGUGGGGAGCUGCAUCCGCCCGCUGGUCCCCCGCUUCAGGACCGAGGCUAAGAGCGAGACGACAGCGGUUAAUGAAGAGGAGAAACUGAAGGGAAGGAGUGAGGAUGAAGAGCAGAGAGUGAUUGAGGACAGAGCCCGACGCCUGCUGCUGCUGCAGAGAGAGAAGAUCAUCGCGCGGGUCAGUGUGUGUAACCGCACGCGUGCUCUAGUGCAGGCCCUCCAACGGGCUUCAGGUGUGCGUCUCUACACCCGGCGGGUGGAGGAGCUCUGUCUGCAUCUGCUGCAGUUCCCUGAGUCAAGAUCUGUGGCCCUCAAGGAGCAGGUGGUCCCGUGUCUGCAGCGCCUCCUGCAGGUCAGUGAUGUGUGUCUGCAGGCUGCGGUUCGAGAGGCUCUGGCUCUCCUGGGCUUUACUGAACCUGUGAAGAAGCGCGGUGUGAGGAUCCUGACCAUAGAUGGAGGAGGAACCAGGGGUCUGCUGGCGCUCCAGACUCUCCGUCACCUGCAGGAUCUCUCAGGGAAGCCCGUCCAUCAGCUGUUUGAUUAUAUCUGUGGUGUCAGCACAGGAGCGAUCCUGGUGUUCCUGCUGGCGGUCCUGCAGGUUCCUCUGUGUGAGUGUGAGCAGCUCUACAGGAGACUCAGCUCAGACGUCUUCAAGCAGAACCUGAUCAUGGGCACGCUGAAGAUGAGCUGGAGCCACGCCUACUACGACACACACACCUGGGAGACACUGCUCAAGGAGAAGAUGGGCUCUGACCUGCUCAUCAAGACCGCACGCAACCCAAACUGCCCAAAGGUGUCAGCGGUGAGCACAGUGGUGAGUGGUGGUCCUCCAGUGAGGGCGUAUGUGUUCAGGAACUAUAACCUGCCGGCAGGUGUUCGCUCUCGUUACCGUGGCGACUGCAGACACCAGCUGUGGGAGGCCAUACGAGCAUCAUCUGCAGCCCCAGGAUACUUCCAGGAGUUCCAGCUCGGAGACGACCUGCACCAGGACGGUGGGAUGCUGGGCAACAACCCCACGGCUCUGGCGAUCCACGAGUGUGAGUGUCUGUGGCCGGGCGUCCCGCUGCAGUGUGUGGUGUCUGUGGGCACGGGGAGAUUCCAGAGCAGCGGCCACAGCGGAGUCUCCUACACCAGCCUGAAGACCAAACUCACCAACGUCAUCAGCAGCGCCACUGACACUGAGGGUAAACACACACACACACACACACACACACACACACACACACACACACACACACACGCAAACACACACACGCACGCACACACACAUAUCAGCGGAGUCUCCUACACCAGCCUGAAGACCAAACUCACCAACGUCAUCAGCAGCGCCACUGACACUGAGGGUAAACACACACACACACACACACACACACACACACACACACACACACACACACACACGCAAACACACACACGCACGCACACACACAUAUCAGCGGAGUCUCCUACACCAGCCUGAAGACCAAACUCACCAACGUCAUCAGCAGCGCCACUGACA